AUGACUGAGGCACUCUAAAAGAAAAACUCUACUCAAGAUCUACUUGAUAUGAUAAGAUUCAAAUCUAAUGAAAUCAGUCUCAAGAAACAGCUAAGGAUAAAGAAGAAAAUGAUGGGAGAGGAUUAAGAACAUUCAGAUUUUUAUAAGGAGAGAGAUCCCUUAAGGUUCCCAAGUAUUCUUAAUGAGAAGAGGCGUUAUGAUAGAGACAUUUUUGUAGAAGAGCCAAAGUUCAAUUCAAUUAUGAGUAGAAAUUUCAAAUACUUAAAUAACGAUUCCACCCUUGGAACUGUCCAUAAUCUUGAUUUGACUACAGAUGAGUUUCAAUUUAAGAUCCCUAGGUAUCGAAGUAUUAAUUUUAACAAAGGGGAUUUAGCUAAAAAGAAUAAAAUUGGUAAUAUAUCUGCUAUUCUGCAAGAAAUUAAAGAUAAAUCCCCUAAUGGUGGCAGAAAUAUUUACAAUAAUGAAUAUCAAUCCUCUUAAGUUCUUAAAUAGCAAAGAUAAAACUAGUCAUUCUUAGACUAACUCAAAGAUAGCAGGAAGUAGAAGUUUAAUGAAAUGAUGGAUACAAUGAGAUCCUAAACUUAACUUUUAUAAAAUGCUACAUUGUCUAACUCAACUAUAAAUAUUAAUGAGGAGAAAAAAGCGAAUUAUUACACAUAAAAUCUAAAGGAGGAAGAACAGACAAGCAAAUAAUAGAAUGAUUAAUCGAAUAGCUUAUGCACUCCUGCAUUGAUAGAUUUAUACAAAAGAGAUUCUACUACAAAAAGUUAAUAUCUCGUAACAAAAAAUAAAUAAGUUUUGAUUAAUGGAAAUUUGAGCAGACAGAAAAAUACUUUUAAUUCAAUAUUCCCGUCAACUUUAAUAUUUAAAACUCGAGAAUCCCCAAGGCCUGAAAAGCACUUUAUUACUUCUAAUGAAGAGAAAACUUAAAAGACUUUAGAAAUAAUGAAAUCUAAUCCUGAUUGCGGACCAAGAAGCACAGAUAUAGAAAAUGGCAUGUACUUUAAGAGAAAUGAUGACAUUGUCAAGUAAAAGAAUAUUACCAUAAAGAUGCACAAAGCAAUCAUCAGAUCACCUACUCCUAAAACUAUUAAUAAAUCAGUUGCAUCUAAGGCUUUACUUAAAAAAUGA